AUGGCCCAAGGUCAAGAACAAUCCACGUACGACCCGGCCACCACAUCCUCCAAAACCGGCACAUUCUACUUCGCGUUCGGGUCCAAUCUGUCGGCUCAUCAAAUGUCCCUCCGUCUCCAGCACUCUCCCGCAUCCAGUGUGCCCGUCGCCAUAGGCCGACUGGAUUCGCACGCCUGGAUCAUCUGCGAAAGGGGGUACGCCAACGUCGUGGCGUUGCCGCAGUCUAAUGCCGCCACUGACGCCAACACCGUCUGGGGUGUUCUUUACAACAUGCAUGCCGUGGACGAGGCCCGGCUGGAUCUCUACGAGGGACAUAACGAGGCGAGGAAUCCCAAUCCCGUACGGAACGAUGAUCCCGAGACGCAGAUGAUCAAGCGGUUCGAGCAAGGAGGUUGGGAUUACAACAAGCAUUACUUGCCCAUCACGGUGACGAAGUGGUUGAGGGAUCCCCGCGAGUAUGGUAUCGAUGUGCCUGGUUGGGGUGCUCAGUCUGUGGAGGGGAAAGUGUCGAGUCCAGCUGGAGCACAUAACACCACGGUCCGCGCACUGGUUUAUGUGGACGAGUACCGGACCACGCCAGGCAAGAUCGUUCAUGAAUAUAUCGGAAGGAUGAACCGUGGGAUCGAAGAGUCCGUGCGCCUCGGAUUGCCGCAGUCGUGGGUGGACAAUGUGAUGAGGAAGUUCAUCCCGCCGGGUAUCUACGUCGACCAUGACGGCUAUGUUGGUACAGAUGACGGUUAUGUCGAGGCGGAAGCGACCGAGACGGAUGACCAUGUCACGGAGAAGAUGCUGAAAGAGAUGGGAGAAGGGGCGAAGGCGGCAUGGGGGUCAUAG